UGCCACGGGCCUCCGCAGCUGUCAAUGCUGGACAAGUAUGAUGCUGGUGGCGAGGGAGCGUGCUUGAAGAGAUACACCGACCCCUCCUUCUUCAGAGCCCACUCUGCACAGCAUGAAUCAGACCUUCAGAGUUCAGACAACCAUUCCAAACCCCCUGCCAAGGAAGCCCACCAUAACAAAUACUCCAAAUUUAAAACAGGCGCAUUGUCCGAUAUGCUCCAACAACUUAAAUAUCGUCACAUGAUCAGAAGAAAGAGGCGUCAAAAGCACAACUUUCAGAAUCAGGGUUCGUCACAAGAUGAAGCAUCUGAACCACACGUUUUGUCUUCAGCUGAUUCGCCUGAAGCAUCAAACUCCGAAGCGCCAUGCCCUGCAGUACCAGCGAACAAGGAGAGGAGCAGUGACCUCGUUGACAGGACCAGUUCGUUCGGGGCAUGGCUCUCUCCAAGUGCAGCCUGUUGUACUGAUGCGUGUGAAAACACACCAGACAAUACUGAUGGAUCUUCCAGCCAUGGCACAAACAAGGCCGACGAGAAUGCCAACAAUGCGACAAAUUCUCGUAGCCCCCUUGUCGACUUCAUCGCCUCAAGGGUCGAAAGCUCGCCGAGCAAGCUAUCUGUCAAGAAGCACAGUGACCCGUUAACAAAAUCCUUCCGGAACAUGGCUAAGAAGCUGCUGCUUGAGUAUGAAUCAGCAGAGAAUUUUCGUAACAGCAAUCUAGUGCAUUCUGAAGACGUACCAGAUCCAGAUGAAGUAGCAUUUUACAGCAAAACCACCAAGGACACUCACCAAGACGCGGCGACCUCGGAGCAAUCCGACGAUCCUUGUGAAUAACCUUGUCCACCAGCUAGCAUCGAUGAAGAAGCAAGCGGCGGUAUCACCGGUCAGAACCCGAAAAGGGACCAAUCAGUGUAUCUUGGCUACCAAUCCGGUAUUCAGCUGCGAUGCUUCUGUGCAUGGUUUUCACCUUCAGUUUCAGAAAAAAAAAAUCAGCACCAACCAAAAUUCAACUGUGAUCCUUAUGUUUUCGGUUUGCAUUUCAGCCAAAGGGCUGAAAUAUUCACUUGAAUUCAAUUCAAUAUUUGAAUUUUUUAAAGCAUUAAAAAAAUAUCUGAAUUCCUGUGUAUUACUGAAAUAUUUUGACCAAGGUAAAUAAUUAAGUGUCUACUGAAAUUCGUGAAAUUCAGUGAAUUUCAUCCAAAUCUCACUGAAAGUGAAAACCAUGUUCUCUGUCAGACAGUGAACAGUGUCAUUUACAUGGACUGCAUACACCUUCAGGCCCUGCUUUAUACAGAAAGCACAACUGUCGACAACAUCCUGAUGCGAUUAUCAGCUACAUAGUGCAAGCAAAAAACAAAAACUUCAUGGUGAUAUCACCUGUGAUUGUAAUGGUUAUCAAUCAAGGUACAUAAGGGGUCUGUGAUUGCAUUGCUUGAACUUAGAAUACUUGAACCAAAAUUACCAUGAUAAACCGUGCAGCUAAUUAAUGACAAUUCAUUUCAAGCUAUCCGAAAACAUAAGACUAGAAAGAUUCAGGCAAGGAUGUUCAUGCUGAUACCACCCACUGAGACGCAGCGUGCGGCGAUAUAUUUCUCGAUAAGGAGCCUGAGGAAACUGAUCAUCGAGAAACAUUCAGAAAAGCUUGGAGACCUCAUGCACUACGUUGCUCCUGUCCCUCCCUUCCUCCUGUUGCAUACGCUAUAAUUUAGCGUUGGAUUUCUAUACGUGUGUGCUCAGUUCAAUGACCUGCACGACCAAGCCAAGGUCGCGGCCACAACGCGCGCUGCGUCAUUUCGGACUGCGUCAACCUGCGCAACUGCAAGAGCACAAGGCACGCUGCAUCAUUUUGUACUGGGCGAUCAACCAUCUGCUCAAGCUCUUUUUCUUGGUGAUCGUGGUUACCGUCUCUGUAAGGGGACCUAUACUCUUCUUUCCCCCCUCAAACAUCCUGGGAUUCUCUCUGCUGAACUCUAUUGUUGGUGUGUUGGCGGAGGAGAUCCGACAGACUUGCUCUGUGAUGGCAGUCUCUGCAAGCUCCACCUCUGGAGCCGUAGCAUCUUCACAUCCAAUAGCCGCAUGGAUUCUGGUGAGGCUAGAGAGAUUCUCAAUGCCAAAUUCAAAAUCUCCAUAAAGAGACAACGUCUCUAGAGCGUUGAAGUGGAGCCUAAGACCCCGCAGCCGUGGCAUGGCUCCUCGAUCAAACUGCAGCUCAUUCCCACCAGCCUUGCAUGUGAACCAGAACACCUUAAGACACGGAAAGGCGCCACUGCAAAUUAUCACCCUUCUUCUUUGUCUUCUGGAAGAUGAGUGCGUGUCCGUCAUGGGAGCAGCAGGUCCUGAAGAUACUAACUGGAGAAGGAUAAGAUGGGGCGCCGACGCGAUGAUACUCAGACCUUGCUCUCCCAAUUGACUAAUUUCAAUAUUCAAGUGGGUAACACAGGUGGCCAUACAAAAUGCAGUACUUCCCAGGAUUGCACCAGAUAUAGUCAGUUCAAAUCUUUGCAACUGGUACGGGGGACACAAGUUCAGUUGGCCAACCAAGUCACCAUCAAGACAAUGCAGAGAUAGGGACCGAAGGUUAGAGUGUCCAACCACCUUGAGGAAAUCAACGAUGGCACGUGCACUGUCCACAGAUGGGUCUAAUCCAUCAAAGCUCAAGCUUUCCAAUUUCACCUGGUAAUUCAUGGAUAGCAGCCCCUCUAAGUCCCAAGUACCUUAGUAGAAUCAGCCCUCCAAUGCCUUUCAGAUGGUGGCUUCUCAAAAUACCAUUAUCUUCCACAUCGAGUACUCGUAGAAAUUUGAAGGUUCGAAGAGCAGGCUUCCCUUUUCUAACCUUAGGAUAUGUGAGGAGGGUUGUCCAUCCAGCACGCCCGCAAACUUGGAGGGUUCGCAUGCUAGAUAGGUGCAGGGUUACUGAGAGCAGCUUGCCGGCUUCAUCUUCCUUACUGCAGCAAUCGAAUGAGAACCGUGGAAUCAGGUACCAUGGAGUUAGUCCAGACCUCAUAUCUGCACUCGUCGUCGCAAAGUUGCCUUCCGUAGACAAAGUUUUGAUGAAGUCAAGGAUCACACCAUGCACCACACAUCCUACAGCCUGGCCAUCUUCGUAGCCGAACACUGGCUGAAUCAGCCGCCUACAGAUGAGCUCAUUGAAAUAGCUUUCUCCUGUUCUCCACAAGUUUUCUUCAUGUCUUCCUAAGAAAAAUCCCUCAGCGAUCCAUAGCCGUAUCAAACGGUCUUUCUUGAUGGUAUAAUAUUCUGGAAAAACACCGAGGUAUACAAGACAAGACUUCAAAGGGGCAGGUAGCUCAUCAUAACUCAUGCGCAAUAACAUUCUCAUCCCAUCCGAUGUGGAACAUUGGUCUGAUGUUGAAAGGAUACGUCUCUCACGAAUCUCUGGCUCAGCUAGUCCUGCAGAUUUCCUGCCGGCUGCAAUAAGUAUUGCCAAUGGCAUGCCCCCACACAUUUUCAACAACUCAUUUUCAGCGGGCCUUUUUGCCUCGUGAAAUAAAGUCUUGGAUUCUUCCUUGCUAAGAGGCUCCAUCUGGUGGAUGAAAUCAAUUGGGCGUGUAGAACAACAUUUGGCUACGUCGCUGAUGCAAGUUGUGAUCAAUACUCUACUUCCAAGAUCAUUCUCAGGCAAAACAGAAUUAAGAACAUCCCAUGCCGAGAUGCUCCAAAUGUCAUCAAUUAAGAUGAAAUACCUGGUAUAUAGAGGAACAUGGUAAAAAUUAUCGGCUAAUAUAUGAUCAAUUUAUACAGAUGACUUAUCGCAAGCUGGUUCUGUUUUGUUACUUAUCUACUCAAUAAUUUCGAGAGUCAGUUAGAUCCAACUGAAUGCCUCUAUUGGUUGCCAAUACAUCACAUAUGCAUUUGUUAUGCUGAUACUCCCUCCGUUCUCAAAUAGAUGACCCAACUUUGUACUAAAGUUAGUACAAAAUUGAGUCAUCUAUUUUGGAACGGAGGGAGUACUUUUAAGCAGGAAAAGUGCUAAAUUUUUAUAUAUAUUUUUCCUGUUGAUUACUUGUUUGGUCUGCAUUGAUAAAAAGAUUGACAAAACACAACAAAUACAGGGGAUAAAAAUGCUGAAAGUUUGAUCUUUUUAUCAUGAUUAUCUUGUGAUGCAUCAAAUAACAUUACCCGUUAUUAACUUGACGUGGUCUCAGAUAAAUAGAAUGGGAAAGGCACGAUGAAUACACCUAUGAAUAGCCUCAGUCUGCAUUCGCUGAUGCUCUUGUGCAUUUUAUUGCUACAUGAAAGUACAGUAAAUAUGUCUAUCUGCAUUAAAACAAUAUAAACGAGAAAUACCCCUGAGCUCAGUUACGACUUGAUUCAUUUCAGGAGCUUCUGUACCAUUCAGAGGAAUAGUGCCCUGGGGCUUUACUUGGUGAAGUAUAUCCAGCCGAGUGGCCACUAGAGACGGUUUUCAGCCAAGAGUGACGAAAGCUUGGCACUCGAACUUGCAUUGAAGCUUUGCAUAUACCUCCUUGGCAAGAGUAGUCUUGCCAAGGCCUUCCAUUCCGACGAUAGAUACCAUCUUUAGCCUCGCCUGUGUGGCAGUCAGAUGCAUGAGAAGCUUACUACUUGGUUCUUUCAGAGCAAUGAGGUCACGGGUUUUCUCCUCAUAAAUCAAUGGACAAUCAACGGAGGCUGUACUGAGCUUAUCAGUAGAAUGUUUCAAGACCUCACGCGUUUCCCGUAUCUUGGCCUUGUAGUCCUGGAUUAGUUUUUCCUGCAAUUCAUCCAUGUCCUUUCCGGGCUUCCCAUGGACCAAAGUUUCCACCUCGCUGACCAGCUCACAUGUUCGAUCCAUAGCCCUCAAAAAAAAAAACAUGUUCGAUCCAUCCACACUGACUGCUCAAGACUCACCGGUGGCCCAAACUUAUAUGGGAGAUCCUUUUUAAGGCUCUCCAGAUCUUUAUGUAAAUCAUCAAUGAUCUUGAAGCGAUCUUCAGUUGGACUGAGAAGGUCGCACCACGUGAACUGCUCAAGCACAUUGCGGAUCCGGGACUUGAACAAAGCAGUCAUCUCUCUCUCCGAGAAAUAUGUGGCCUUUGGCUCGUCGAUCCACUCUUCGAUGUCAAAGACCAAGUCCCUGGCAAACUUCGUCCACAAUAGGGCAUGCCGAUCCAUCACCCGCCCCCGGCCAAGCUUGUCGAAACCCUUCUUUAGGUUCACCACGCCUUGACAUAACACCUCCAUCAUCUUGGGAUGAUUCUUCUUCAGUUUUGUGGAGCUGAGCUUGGCGAGCACGGAGUCGAUUGAUCCUGUCACCAUAGGCUCGUCCACCAAACUGAAAAAUCCUCUCUCUCUCGCCGAAUUCAUCUUGUGCGUUUCAAUCUCUCGAUCUACCAUUAGGGAAGUAGUGUGGCAGCCGUACACCACAAAUCGACCUCGCGCUACCAAGAUGUGGCCGCCGCCCGCUGCCUAUGUGAGGUCGCCGGCGAAAACCAGCCUCGUACAGAUGCCGCUUGUCGUGACUUGAAAAAGAACCAAGCAAACUAGACCAAUAGGGGGAGAAGCCCCGAAAAGAAUUAAGAAGGAUAAAGCCGUCGCUGCUUGCCACUGCUGGCCGUCGUUGCUGCCGCUACUCGCUCGCCGCUGAUUUCGCAAGCCGCCACCGGCAAGGAGCGCCCCCAGGAUUCGAUCCGCCGUCGAUACCGGCGAGGAGCACCGCCCAGGAUUCGAUACGCUUCCGCUGCCGGCGAAGAGCGGCCCCAGAUUAGAGCCGCUGCCGCCGCCGCCGCCGCGCCGCCAAAGAAACGGGAGAGACAGGGAGAAGGAUGGGGUAG